GCUCCGUUUUCAGGAGAGACAGCUACAACGGCGACAGCGACCUCGAGCACAUUUCUUGCGCACAAUAGCCAGGCAUGUCGAACCCGGAGCUACCAUGUCAUCUGGUACUUAGCAAGUAUAAGGCGUUUGUUAUGGACGAGUAGCGCGGAUUUGACUACCAUCACAACUUCGAGCGAAGUCUUCGACCUGCGCACCUCCCAUGUACGUACUGCACGCGCCAUAUCCCUGUGCCCUUGACUUGAUAGACAUCACCACCCCCUACCUGGCCCUCUCCUGACCCGUCCACGUCGUCCACGUCCAGUAAGGCCAAGACCAAGGGGAAUCGACUGGUCCGUUUUCAAGAACGUCUCAUACUUUCGCCGGCCAUGCAUGCGCGGACGUUGAAGGAUGCAAGUAGGAAUAUGGAGUCAGAGGACGGCGUGGAGAGGCGGUAGACGGGAAUACGAGAGCGGAAGGAACAGACGGUCCCCGAGCGCGGAGGGAAGAGGGGGUGUCCCGUCGCGACACAUGGAACACGCGUGUCUAGUUUCAUGGACGCGUCCGGAGACUGCGGCGGACGGUUCUCCGUCUAAUCCAGUAUACACCGACGGACGCAAAGAUUUCAAGAGGCGCCACCCCUUCCACGGCCACCUCCUUGAUGUUCGGGACGCGAAGAGCAAGUAUGUACCGGGGAUUCUUUCACGUAGCAAUGGCUCGUACAACACAGCACGCGAAACGGCUCGACCAAGCACGAGUGCAUUCGACACCAAGGUGAAAGACUUGGCACCUUCCCCCAAACACAUCCGUAGGCCUUCCCGCUCCGCAAUGUCUCACUACCAGUGCCCGUUUCGGAGCCGUCAUUAUGUAUGCUGGUCUCAACGUUCGUUGAAACAAACACAUACCAGUACUUGUUUUCUAUUUAGAGACCCGUUCAAGUUGUUCCUCGCGUCUCGUCAGCGAGGACAGGGAUCUCGGUUCUUGUUCCCUGUCUGGCCUCCGACGACAACGCCUCCCUGCUCGUCGACGACCAAGGGGGGUCCUUCCUCGACCACGUCCCCUGAUCUCUCCGGUUCAUGUGAUAUGCUCUGCACAACGUUGUCCUCAUUGCGCGCGCAGCGGGAUAGGGGAUAUAUUCGAUGGAACUUGUCGGUGAUCUUUGCGGGUGCGCGGUACGCGCGUCGUAUAGGAGCCCAGCCUCCCGUAGAAGUCGACCACCGUCAGCCCCUGCAGCAUGAGUCAAUGACCCAGAAGACCCCUACGGCAGCCCAACUGUCAAGCUUCCCAGACAAUGGCGAAAACGGAGCUUGACAGUGGUCGUCGUCGCUACCCUCAUGUUCCAUCUCGUUAGCUGAACCAGCACCGGUGGACUUCUAAAGUCGACCCAUUGUCCAAGAUCGAAUUCUCCUUUGCUACGAUGGUCGACACACAGUACGCGUCACGGCUGUCGAAGGCUUCCCAAGACCGCUUCGCCGUCAUCCGUACUGAACUGUGCUUAUCGUCCUCCACCUUCAGCCCGAGGUAUCUCAGCACGACGCCCGUCUUCUCGCCCUUCUUAAUCGAUCCCCUCUCGACGGCGCGGACGAAGUCAUCCUCGCUGCCGAAGGCAUGCGCCUUGCCUGUGAAACCUAGGCCUUCCGGGCGCGAGGCUACCGCGAAGGAUACUACGAUA